UAUAUAGCCUUUGCGUUCCUUUUUUUUUUCUUCUUGAUGUCUUCUUUUUCAACAAACACCAACCACCAGCCUUUCUUUUUCAACAAACACCAACAGAAAUUUGGGGUAUCUGUGCUCCUGUUAAGGGGUUGAUUCUUCAUUCUCAUUUGAGAGUCGAGAAUUGGGUUCGCGCUCGUUUUCGGUGGGAUCGAGGGAGGAGGGAAUUGAGGGGCUCCGGUGAUGCUUUUAAGGGUGAUGGUGAUUGAAGAGAGAGGAGAAGUCGAGAGGGCAUAUUUGCACGAGUUUUGUUGAUUCCCACUCCCAAAAUUUCCAACUUUUCGCGGGGAGGGGGAGAUCCAUGGCGAGAAGCGUCUCUUACAUCACUCCAUCUCAGCUCAUCUCCCUCAACCGAACCAAAUCAGUCGCCAUUGUCGAUGUCAGGGACGAGGAGAGGAGCUAUGAUGCGCAUAUCGCCGGCUCUCAUCACUACGCGAGCGAUUCGUUCGAGGAGAAGAUGCCGGAGCUUUUGCAGGCUGUCGAGGGCAAAGAUACCCUCGUCUUCCAUUGCGCCCUCAGCAAGGUGAGGGGCCCAUCUUGUGCACGCAUGUUUGCAGACUAUCUAUCGGAAAUGAAAGAUGAUGCAAGGAUUAACAAGGUUAUGAUUUUGGAGCGAGGUUUCAAUGGUUGGCAUUCUUCUGGUAGACCUGUUUGCCGAUGCACCGAUAUUCCCUGCAAAGGUGAAAUCGAAUGAUUUUACUCCUAUAAUAUAGUCACGGCAAAAUUUAAAGACGAGGAUUGUCAAGCGUCACGUAGCUCUUCUUUAUAUUUUUCGUAUAUGUAUUGUAAAUGUCUUUGGAGGUUUGAAGUGCGGUUGGAUUAAUUUCGGAAUAUUUAUGAUAUCGAGCAGUUAUUUUUGCUUCA